GGCACAGCCCGUGCACACAGCAGGAAUCUGCUCUCCUUCAGGGUACUGCCAGCUCCAUCUCCUGUCCCACCAUGGCUGGGGCCUCUCGGCAGCACCACUCCACCACCGUGUUCCAGAGAAAGCGCAGCGUCUCCUUCGGUGGCUGCGGCUGGAUCGACAAGACAAUGCUCGCCAGCCUGAAGAUCAAGAAACAGGAGCUGAUGAACAGCACGGAUGUGACAGUCCCGGAGCGGCCGCUGUCCCCUCCUCUCACCGCCCCGCCGACCAUGAAGGUGAGCGUGCAGUCUGCAGAAUUCUUCGAAAUGUUGGAAAAGAUGCAGGCACCAAAACUUGAAGAACAGAGGGCUGGAAGCCAAAAACAUAAGGAGGACUACAUCCCAUACCCCAGCAUCGAUGAGAUCCUGGAAAAGGGCAGCCCGUACCCACUGAUCAUCCUGCCCCAGUUCGGGGGGUACUGGAUUGAGGACCCGGAGAACCUCGGCACGCCCACCUCAUCUGACAGCAGCUUCUGUGAGGAGGAGGAGGAGAACCUCAGCCCCAGCACCUAUGGCUACAAGCUGGAGUGCAAGGGAGAGGCCAGAGCCUACAGGAAGCAUUUCCUGGGGAAGGAUCAUUUAAAUUUUUAUUGUACAGCCAGCAGCCUAGGAAAUCUGAUCCUUUCUAUAAAGUGUGAGGAGGCAGAUGGCACUGAAUAUUUAAGGAUUAUACUCAGGUCCAAGGUGAAGACACUGCAUGAAAGGAUUCCCCUGGCAGGAUUUAGCAAGCUUCCCAGUAUCCCCCAGAUUGCAAAGGCCUUCUGUGACGAUGCCUCUGGGCUGAAGUUUAACCCGGUUCUGUACCCCAAGGCAUCCCAGAUGCUAGUGUCUUAUGAUGAACAUGAGGUCAACAACACAUUCAAGUUCGGCGUGAUCUAUCAGAAGUUCCGGCAGACCCAAGAGGAGGAGCUGUUCGGCAAUAACGAAGAGAGUGCUGCCUUUAAGAACUUCUUAAGUUUUCUGGGAGAUACCAUAAUGCUCCAGGACUUCAAAGGUUUUCGAGGAGGUCUGGAUGUCAGCCAUGGGCAGACGGGAGCGGAGUCUGUGUACACGGUGUUCAGGGACAGGGAGAUAAUGUUUCAUGUCUCUACAAAGCUGCCUUUUACCGAAGGAGACACACAACAGCUCCAGAGGAAGAGGCACAUUGGAAAUGACAUUGUGGCCAUCAUCUUCCAAGAGGAGAACACUCCAUUUGUCCCAGACAUGAUCGCCUCCAACUUCUUGCAUGCCUACAUCGUGGUGCAGGUGGAGAACCCCAUGGCAGACAACCCAGCCUACAAGGUGUCUGUCACUGCCCGGGAAGAUGUGCCCUCCUUUGGCCCGCCCCUGCCUAGCCCUCCAGUGUUCCAGAAGGGCCCUGAGUUCCGGGAGUUCCUGCUGACCAAGCUCAUCAAUGCUGAGAACGCCUGCUGCAAGUCUGACAAAUUUGCGAAGCUGGAGGACCGCACCCGAGCAGCCUUGUUGGACAACCUGCACGAUGAGCUCCACGGGCACACGCAGACCAUGCUGGGGCUGGGGCCUGAGGAGGACAAGCUGGAGAAUGGGGGUCACGGAGGCUUUCUGGAGUCUUUCAAGAGAGCCAUCCGGGUGCGCAGCCACUCCAUGGAGACAAUGGUGGGCAGCCAGAAGAAGCACCAUGGUGGCAGCAUCCCAGGCAGCCUCAGUGGGGGGAUCGUACACAACACCAGCGAGGUGACCAAGACCACCUUCUCGCCCCCCGUUCCAGCAGCUGCUGCCAAGAACCAGUCCAGGAGCCCCAUCAAGCGCCGUUCGGGGCUGUUCCCCCGCCUGCACACGAGCUCUGAGAGCCAGGUGGAGAGCAGGACAAGGUGUGACAGUGUUUCUGGAGCUCAGAAGGCACCAGAUGUGGGACAUUCUUCUCAGGAGAUGAAAUCUGAAACCUCAUCCAACCCCAGCUCCCCUGAAAUAUGCCCCAACAAAGACAGGACGUUCAUUAAGCUGAAAGAGAAUGGGAGGUCAAACAUCUCCCGGUCCUCCUCAAGCACCAGCAGCUUCAGCAGCACAGCGGGGGAGAGCGAGACCCUGGAGGAAUAUGACAGCGUGGGCAGCCAGCCGUCCACCGCCUCGCCCUUCAAGCAGGACGUCUUUAUCUACGGCGCUUCGCCAGGCAGCGAGAGCCCGAGCGUGGGGGCUGCGGCCACCCCCGUGAUCAUGAGCAGGAGCCCCACAGCAGAUACAAAGAACAGAAACUCCCCCAGGUCGAACCUGAAGUUUCGCUUUGACAAGCUCAGCCACAGCAGCUCCAGCUCGAGCCACUAACAGGACGCAGAGGUCACCAACGUGUGGGAGAGAAUUUUUGUUUCAGCAAAGGGAAGACUCGCCAACAUCCUGUGGGAAGCUGCAGGGUGGGCAGUGUCGUGCCGUCCCCUCCCAGCUGCACCCCUGUGGCAGGAAGCAGCUCUCACCUCGCCUGCACCCCUAGCCCGAGGGGAUGUGCCAGCUUCCCACCAGGUGACCCUCACCCAAGUCCUCCCUCUGCUCCACGGCAGGAGACAUGUCCCUGGCUGCCUGGCACACACGUGGCCAAGGGCCACAUCUUCUCCUUGUCACCACAACUGUGUCAUCUCCUGCCUGCUGCGCCUUUGUGGGUGCCAUCCAUCCCCCCCUCCCUGCUGGGCUGUGGCCCCCUUGGGCAGAGGGAGCAGGAUGGCCCCCUCACUGUUCAGGUGCCUCCAUGCUUUAUUUGUAACUAUCAGUGGGGAAAUGGGGUUAUUGUUUGGGUUUUGGAAAGGCAAAAUUAGGUGUUUGCUUCAUCCCCAGGAAGUUCCCUGCCCCAUCGUUGGUUGUCGAUCCCCUCUGGGCAGGGACAAAGGGGAAAAGUCCUCCCUGGACUGCCUGGGAGGAUUUGGGGGCUGCAGCAGCUCCCAAGCUCCCUCCAGGUGCCCCCCCACAGCUCCCUGCCUACACAACAAAACUUUUGGGGCAGAUGCAGCCUUUCACUCCAUCCUUACUCUCUCCUUACUCAGUUUCUGGCACAGAGAAGGGUAUGUGAACCAGCCCUGGGGGAGCCAAGCCAGUCACCAGGGCAGCUUGAGAAAUGGUUUAUUCAGCCUCCCCACUAUUCCCUGCCUGGAACUCUGAGCACAGGCCUGGGAAGGAAUAACCAAAGCUAAAGCUGUAGUAGAUCUAAACACUGAAGCUGGUGCUUAUGGUGCAUUCACCUGGUGGCUCUGCUUUAUCCUCUGGGCUGGAUCACCAGUUAAGCCAAUGUGUCAAACUCCAUGGGUCUGGGUGGUGUUGGGCUGCUCCAGACCUUACGGAAUCUGUCCCUCUGCUUUUGAAUGUGCUUUUGUCUUGAAGGAUGAAGAUUAUGAAUUCUGUAAGGCUGACUCCCCUCUAAAUCCCUUUUCUAAAAAAAUACCUCUUUUGACAUGCCAAGAAAUCCUUCUGCUCUUUCAUGGAUCUUUGUCCAAAGUUUACUGAAAUCUGUCCAUGAAUUUCACAUUUCUCAUAGGUUUCCUGUGUCAGUUUUUGAAAGCUGCACCGCAAAACUGCAGAGAUGCUCCCCCCUUAGUGCCACCUGGGACCUUUGCAAAUUCCCCCAUGGCAUAAGGUUCUCAAUCUCUAGUGAAGGCAGUUCUCUGAGCUUGUGAUUCCUCAUGAACUCGGAGUGCCAAAGCUUGCCUUGCCCAGCUGGAGCUGCCAGGGGCACAGCUGGAGCUGGUAGCCACUUUUAGGCACCACUUGGUGCAGCCACAGGGGUCCAGGACCUGCCUGGUGCUGCAGCUGCUGCCAGGAUGCUCCUCCUGGUUGGGCAAGGGCUUGUAGAAGCAAACCACCCCUUGUCCUGCUCCUGCUGCCUCCCCCCAGUGCAGAGCAAAGCCAAACCAAAAGCUCUGCUCUGUGGGGUUCACAUGGCACCCACAGCCUGACCACCAGCUCCAGGUGGGUGCUCCUGCUCAGAAGGUCAUUAUCCAUUUGGAAAGAAAAGACUGUAGCCCCAACAGGAGAGGAAUGGCAUUAAAGAAGGAAAACUUGUUGAGGACAAGGCAGAGAACAAUUUCACAGGCACUAAUUCCCCAGUGUAGGACCAGUGAAUACCAAUAACCACCAGUGAGGACACUCCCUCCUGCUUUCAGUGAGUUGUAUUUACAUAGAGUUUAAAUUGUGAGGUUUUCUUUGGGAGAGGCAAAGCACCAUGUGUGCAGCCAGUCCCCAGCUCGCUCUUGAUGUCUCAGGUUCCCCUUACUUUGCUGUUCAGCACUUCUGUCUCAUGAUGCUUUAGUAGCACUUUCAAACCCACCUCUGGUUCUUCCUCUUAAAAGCUUUUGGUCUGGUUUUCCUACGCCAUGCAGUGAAACACUGACCAGUGCAACAACUUACUUCGAGGGUCUGUUCUUGGUUUUGCUUUUUGCCUCUGAGAAGUUGCUUGAUUCUGUAGACGUCAUUCGCAUGGGUGCUGAUCUCCAUGAGAUCUUUCAGCAGAUGGUGCAGUGGCUACUGUUAGCUGGUUUGGUUGUUUUGGUUUGGUUUUUUUCAUUUUUGGGUUUGGUUGUUGUUUUACUGGAAACUGUGACUGUCCUUUUUGAUCUGGAUUAGUUUGUAGAAUUAUUGGAAUAGAAUUAACAGGACAGUGAGAAGCUCCAGGGAGAAAGUGCUUUGGACUUGUCUUUCCCAGCUCCUGCCUGCUGGCUCCAGUGCAGUUCCUGCCUGGGUGUGCCUGGCAUGAUUCCUCCAGCCCCCACAGUGUCCCCUGGAAGUGCUGGGGACUGACCAACCAUCAUGUUAAACUGCAGAGGCUUUUGCACUCCAGCAGCAGGUAAAGGUGUUCCUGUAUAUAUACAGACUGCAAAAUGGCUUGUGCUUGGAAGCAGCACACACAGCAUAUACAUACAUAAAAUGGAUUUAUAUAGACGUGUGUGUGUGUAUAACAGAAAGGAUCCUUGACUGACACUAAAAGGACUGGGCAGUACAUUUUCCUUUCUGAUCCCCACCUUCUACAUGCACACAAUUUCUGCUGCUCUCAGAAGUGACUUUGCUCAGGGAGCAGAAGGGCUCCAAAAGGUGGCUGGGGGAGAUUGAGGCAGCUCCGACUGCCUGGGGGGGCCUCUCCUAUGGCAGGGGAUUCCUCCCCUUCUCACUGGGGUCCUGGUCCCCUGCUUGCUCCUUCUGCAGGCUUCAAGCACACAGCAGAACAGGGACACAGAAGUGCAGAGCUGGCAGCAGCCCCUGCUUCUACGGGCUUUUCUUCAGAAAAGCACUUAGGUACUGGCAUCCUGGAACUCCCACUGAGUCAAGCACAGGUUUACACUUAAGCACAAAAUGAAAGUGCUUUUUUUUUUUUUUUUUUUUUUUUUUUUCCCCCUCCCUUCAUUCUGAGCAGGAAGCAGGGAUCCCAAACACAAACUCAGUUUCUUUACAGUGUUUUGAGGGUCUUUAGGAAUGGCAGGUGAAGGGGCCAGGAUACAUUGCUGGCAUGAGUGGACUUAUAAACCAGGGCUGAGUUUUCCCAGCUGCCUUUGGCUUGGCUGUGAGAAGUGCUUAGCACUGGUAAAUGCAUUUGGCCAGAGCUCAGCACCUCUGCAGGUCCCACCUUGCAUGUUGCUUUGCAAUGUUCCAGCUCCUGUUCCCCUCGAGCUGGCAGGGUCCAUCAUUUCCCCCAUCCCACAGCAUGCUUUCAUUAUGAUUUAAAUGAAUGUAGCACUGCACAUAUCCUGCAAAGGGAAAUGCUGAAGCUAUAUCAUUAGAAUGUGAAGAGGGUUUAUAGAGUGAAGAUAAAUCUUGAAGAAAUGUAUCUGAUAAAGUUUAUUUUUUAUGUUGAGAGGCAGUGCUUUGUAGUUCCUGGUGGCCUAUGUCUGUUGUAAAUAAUGUACAUUUAAUUUAUUGCUAUGGUAGCAGAUUGUAUUUGUUAUGUAUAAAACUAAAGGUUCACAAAUGUAUAUUUUGUUGCUUAAAUGUGUCUUUGCAAAAUUCACAAUAAAUAACAUAUUUUGUGUCCAUA